AUGGGACAAGGACCCUCGAGCCCUAAGCCAGGCUCCCCUCUCUUUAUUGUCUUACGGGACUUCAAACAAUAUCGGCGUAUAGCAGAAGGUUAUGGGUUUCAGGUUACUAAAAAGAAAUUAGCUCUCCUUUGCCAACAGGAAUGGCCCACCUUCGAGGUAGGCUGGCCCUCGGGGGGUACGUUUGACGUCUCGGUGGCCGGCCGGGUCAGGGGAAUUGUCUAUGGUAUACCUGGCCACCCCGAUCAGGUCCCCUAUAUCACCGCCUGGAUUGAUUUCAAACCCCCUUCGGGACCACUACAGGUCCAGGCCCUUUCAAAACUAAGACCAGGAACAGAAUCAAAGACGACCUUUAGCCGCAAGCCUCCCGAAAGUCCUAAGGUCGUCACACAGCUUACUCCUGUCUUACCACCCCCUGAUUCUGACCCCCUAGAUCCAGCUGAGUACUCCCAGUCCCAGGUUUCAGAUCCACCCCCGUACCCAACCUCAGGGUCUCUGAGCCCCUCAGCCCCUCCUCUGAUAAGUCCACCCCAUACUCGAGCAGGUGCUCCUUAUGGCCCUUCUAAUUCCAGUUUGACCCCAGAUUCCACUGUGUCAGCGUUUCCCCUGCGGCAAGUUCCUUCCCCUCCCGGAGAAUCAGGGAGACCAUUCAUGGUAUAUGUUCCCUUCUCCACCAGUGAUUUGUACAAUUGGAAACAGCAAAACCCAUCCUUCUCUGAUAAGCCCCAGAGCCUAAUCUCCCUCCUAGAGACUGUCUUUUAUACUCAUCAGCCCACCUGGGAUGACUGCCAGCAGCUCCUCCGGGUUCUUUUCACAACCGAGGAGCGUGACAGGAUUCUUUUAGAAGCCAGGAAGGGAGUUCUGGACCCAGAUGGACAUCCCUCUACUGACCUGGGGCGCCGCAACCACAUCUUCCCUGAGAACCGGCCCGACUGGGACCCCAACACUGAUCGCGGUAGGGAAGCACUGGACAGGUAUCGCCAGUUAUUGCUGGGAGGGUUACGGGCAGCAGCACGGAAGCCAACUAAUAUGUCCAAAGUCAGUGAGGUUAAACAGGGCAAGGAUGAGUCCCCAGCUGCAUACUUAGAGCGCCUCUACGAGGCAUAUCGAACCUACACCCCUAUCGACCCAGAGGAUCCCAAUAACCGGAGAGCCAUCGUAAUUGAUUUCGUAGCCAAUUCAGCUCCGGACAUCCGUCGGAAGCUACAGAAACUUGAAGGUUUUGAGGGUAAAAAUCUGACUGAACUCAUGGAAGUGGCCAAGAGGGUGUUUGACUAUCGUGAAGAGACUCAAGACAAGCAAACUCGCACGGUCGCAAGGGCGGUAGUGGCAGCUUUAGCACAGGUUCCAGGGGAGGCUCAGAAGCAAGGGUGGAAAGGAAGGCGGGAGGGGCCAAACGCUGGGCGCCCCUAUAAGGGUAAAGGCUUGGGAAGGCCUCCUUUAGCUCGGGAUCAGUGUGCUUACUGCAAAGCCAUGGGUCAUUGGAAAUCUGAGUGCCCUAAUCGCGGGCUGAAAGAGAAGGCAGAGCCGUUAUUGACUUACCGCCCCUCGACCACCUCCACCCCUACCUCCCUAACUCUGUUGAACCAUUUCAAAGGCUUGGUUCCUAGAGUCUGGGCUGAGACCAACCCGUUUGGUCUAGCAGGACACCAGCCCCCAGUGGUGGUCCAGCUCUCGUCCACAGCAACCCCUGCGAGUGUCCAACAAUACCUGUUGACUCGAGCUGCCCUUUUGGGCAUCAAGCCUCACAUCGAUCGACUCUUGGCGGCAGGCAUUCUACGCCCCUGCCAGAGCUCGUGGAACACCCCCCUACUUCCAGUUCGCAAGCCCGGGUCUGGAGACUUCCGUCCUGUCCAGGAUCUACGAGAAGUCAACGCCCGGGUGGAAACUGUACAUCCUACUGUGCCAAACCCGUACACGUUGCUAUCUUCCCUGGACCCUGCUCGGACUUGGUAUACUGUUUUGGACCUGAAGGAUGCUUUCUUUUCCAUUCCCUUGGCACCAGUAAGCCAACCUAUAUUCGCUUUUACUUGGACAGAUCCUAACACUGGGACAUCCUCUCAGCUCACCUGGACCUGGCUUCCCCAAGGUUUUAAGAACUCCCCUACACUUUUUGGCUCAGCUCUGGCCUCCGACCUGGCCGCCUUCCGGGUCUCGUAUCCGGAGGUCACUCUCCUCCAGUAUGUUGAUGACCUUUUGUUAGCUACUUCCUCUGAGGCAAUAUGCAAAGAUGCAACUCUCCACCUUCUCCAGCUGCUUGAAGCUUCCGGGUACCGUAUCUCUGGAAAGAAAGCACAACUGUGCUCUCAAUCCGUUGUUUACUUGGGUUUCACCCUUCGUUCUGGUCAAAGGUUACUGUCUCGGGGGCGUGUAGCUGCCAUUUUGGGCAUGCCCGCCCCGAGGGACCGCCGCGGGCUCCGGGAAUUCCUGGGGAUGGCUGGAUACUGUCGCCUCUGGAUCUUGGGGUUUGCCGAGGUUGCCAAACCCCUAUAUGAGGCCCUAACUGGUGAACCCACCCAAUUUGUUUGGGGACCACGGCAGCAGGAAGCAUUCGACAAGCUCCGAAAGGCGCUGUCCAGCACGCCUGCCCUCUCCCUGCCAGACCUGUCCAAGCCCUUCCGCCUCUAUGUGUCUGAGUCUCGAGCUGUGGCCAAAGGGGUUCUGACCCAGCUCCUGGGGCCCUGGAAUCGUCCUGUUGCCUAUCUCUCCAAGCAGC